AUGCAACGCGUACACCCGGAAACCUUGGGACCAGAAAUCAAACACAUCUAUCUGGUUUCUAACGACGGUCCGUCUCCCAUCGAAAACCUCUGGGUCAAUGUUUCGCUCCCAAUCCAGACAUCAGAAGGUGAACGACUAGGCUACAUCCUGGAUCGGGUCAGAUACCACGCUGAAGAUGGUGGACCUCCAUUGAUAGCAGCCACAGAACCGGAA